UGCAGCCCGGCACCAAGACAAGGGAAGCCCCUUGUCUCACCCAAGACAAGGGAAGCCCCUCGGCCUCAAACCCACCUGGGCCAUGCAGUGUGUCCAGGCCAGCCCAAGACGUCUCAGGGCCCCGUACGGCUGCCCGGGCCACCCGUGGCUCUGGAGGAGGAAGGAGGAUUAAUCAGAAACACCAGAGCCAGAUGGGUGGCCAGCGGCUAAAAGGGAAAGACUCCAAAGGGACAGACAGGGCUGUCAAGUGUCACAGCCCGGAGGCCCCGCGGUGGGCGGGACAGCUGUGUGAGUGGCCGCAACCUGCCACGCCCCGGGCAGCCCGGGUGACCCAGCUGAGGUCACGGGACGGUCAGCUUUCCUCCAUGGCGAGAAACGCCUGAGAAAUGGAGUUAAAAUGAGGGAAGGUUCCUUUUAACCCCCAGUCUGGGAGGCUGCGGCGGUGGUCAGCCGGGCCUGCUGCUUGGGGCCGUGGUGAGGCAGGGCAGAGGAGGCCCGUCCCCUGGGGGUGGGACCUGGGAUGGCGCCUGCUGGGCCAGCGCUCUGUGGCUGGGCUGGGGCAGAGAAAGGGGCACCGAAGAGGGCCAUUGGCACUGCUGCCCGGCUCCACACGGCCACCACCGCGGUCCAGCCAAGGGUAGAGGGAGGGUCUCUCCUCCAGGCCAGCGCCGUGUACACCGACUGGACCAGGGACCCUGCCCGGCUCACAGGCCCGGCCUCAUUGGCCAGGCCUAGGACACCACCAUGGUACUGGACGUUGCCAUGACUGGCACCUCCAUCAAACCCACGGGGGAAUCAGGCCACGCUCUCGCUAGUGACCUUUGCCCCACCUACGGUAGUAAAGAAACGGCGACCCAGAGAAGGUCAGCGGAGGACCGUUCUCCCGUUUGGAAGAGGCCUUCUGUGCCUGCUGAGGCCUCAAGCCUGGCCCUGCCCGCGUCCACUGCCCCAGGCGCUGCCCAUGCCCACUGCCCCAGCCUCAGCGGGCCUCCUGCCUGGUUCACAAGGCCAGCUGCAGAGGAGGGAGCUGGCCCUGGGGCAGCCGGGCCCGAGGAUCCGUCUCUGACGCUUGGAGUGGACGCUGAAAACCGGCCCAACCCUCAGAGCCUUCUGACACAAGACCAGCCUCCGUCAGUCCCAGGUGGCCCCGCGGGCCCCGCCCACAUCCCCCCUCUUCCCAGCUUGCCUGCGCCUUGUGAUGAGGAGCUCACUACCUACAGCAGCCGGAUGGAUCUGCCGUCUGACACCUCUGUUUCCCUGCAGGCACCUGGGCGGGCGGGAAGCUAG